UCGAGCAAAGGAAGCAACGUGAGAAGUGAGAAGAGAACUGAGAAGACUGUUGGGAUGAGCGUUUUCGGAGGAGAUAGCUGGGCAAGAGAGGCACAACACCGUAAGAGAAGAGUCGAUGAUUUGAUCAUCGGAAGUAUAGGCGGCGCCGCCUCGUCCUCCGCUUACAAGAAGCUCUCCUCCGGCAAAUUCGCAUGCCUUGUUUGCCCUCACAAUCCCGUCCUUGAUACCGCCCUUGUGCUCUCGGCUCAUCUAAAAGGAUCACGCCAUCGAGCUGCAGAGUCGAGGCUUAAGGAAAAGGAAUUAGCGAGGCAAGCCGAGAUAAGUAAGAGAAUAGCAUUGUCAGAGCAUGUUACUGCUACUUGCAGCAAUGUGAAUUCUAGUUCUAACAAAUUUAGACCAACAAGUAAACCGUUGAUUGACAACACCCGGAAGGCUGUUUCUGAGAUGCUUAAAGCUGAAAAUUUUCAGCGAGAUGCAAUGUGUCAAGCGUUUGAGCUACAAGGUGGUAGGAGCGAAGCGGUUAGUCUGUCAAUUAGUGAGAGUGGCCCUUGUGUUCCAACAGAUGUAGCUCCAGAACAUAAAGGCGUUGCAUAUGUAGCAUAUGAUCGAGAACGCCAUGAGAGAGAGCUUAAGUUCACUGCUGCUGGUUGGAAGCGUGAUUGCCAUGGUAGAUGGUUCAAGGACGAAAAUGUUGAUUUUGAUUCCGAUGAAGAAGAUCCUAACGUGUGUCUUGCUUAACAAAUGGAGGAAGACAAUGCCAGAUAUGGCACCCAUCACCCCUCAGAAUACAUGUAAUUGAUGACAGCCUAACGAGCAGCAUGGACAGCACAAAUAAGGGAUAAGGCUGAAGUUAAUUCAUUCCCCCGCCAUUCUUGACAGCUAGGAGUUUGCACAGUGAUCUCAAGUAAAUAGCAUCUGCAUUCCCUACGGGACCUCAAGUUCGACUACCAUGAGUUGAAGGAGGGAGAAGGAAAGACGCAAAUAUGCAGUUAGCUCGGAUGAGACUUUCUGAAGGCUGUGAUUUUCAGCUUGUGACGUAUGGUAUCCCCAGCUAAUGAUUCAGCAGGACACUCUAAAUUUAACCCUUGUUUUUAGUGUUGAUUACCUUUGUUUUUAUAUAUUUGGAAUCGAUAAAAUUGAAGUUUGAUUAUGUCUUAUAUUCAGGUUGUGUAAAA